CACGUAUUCUAAAAAUACACGAGUUCUGAGUAUUUACGUUACCUUUGGAUUGAGGAUGUAUAUUGCAUUCAGAAAAACAUAAGCUAUAAUUUAGAGGCAUGGAGAGAAUCACGUAUAACUGAAGCUGACAAACGAAAGGUGUAGCCAUGGCUUGCAGUGGUAAAUCACAACAAGUUUACACUGUGAAGACCCUCAAAGAAACAUUAUUGACGGCAAAGUCAUGGGAAUCGUCAGAGGACGACUUUGUGGGCAUAUGUGAAUGUAUUGAAGGGACCUUGAAAGACGAAAAGAAUUUAGAUCAUAUCAAGCCAUAUUUCAAAAGGCUAGACAAAGUAUGGAGGCCGGUAUCAACAUGUGCGGAGUACAAGCAAGCUAAGACACUUUUGUGCAAUUUUAGCUACUUAUCAAAGCAUCGACGAUUACAACUCUUAGCUCUCCAAGAAGUAGGAUACAACAGCGAGCCAGGAAGCCUGUCGGAAAUAACAAGUGAUACGACACGACCAGAAAUGCCCUCACAGCAAAUGUUGGAAAGUGACCAGUCUGUAUCAAAGGUUGCCAGUAUGAUUGAAAAACUCACAAAUGAGCUCGAAAGAGAAAAGAAAAGGACGGCUCUUCUUGAAGAAGAAAAAAGGGAGGUUAGGAUUACGCUGCAGGCAGUACUGUAUCAGAGUACAGAGAUAGAAGCUUCGCUUGCAUCAGCUCGAAAAGGUCAGAAGAAAAAGUCUAAACCUAAACGGGACAAUGACCCAACAGCUUCAGUCAACAUACUGUCGACUGACCUCAAAGAAUCGUUAAAACGAUGUGUAGGCAAUAUGGAAAUGCUUAAGGAAAAGAACAUUGCAAGAGAAACAGAGGCGACUUGUCAUGCCAAAGAACUUCGAGACAAAGUGUUAUCGGUUUCCAAAAUGAUUGACACGUUCAAUACUCCUUGGAACGAAGAAACAUGUCUAUCAAAAAAGAAGAAGAGGAAGAAGGGAAAGGCCAAGGGACCAGUACCACAGUCUGAAGAGCAUCAGGCCUCCACUGAAAUGACAUCAUCCGAAGUUAUCAAGAGCACAAGCCAGACUUUGGGAGGUAUUUUCCCGAAACUUCAAGAGAUGAUGGAGUGUUUAAAGUCAAUACAUGACAUGGAGUCAUGGGUUUCAGCAGCAGAUAAAGCUGUCAAGUCGGUAAAUGAAAUCCAAUUACAGCCUGUGUCAACUGCUACAAAGCAGGACUCCCUGCUGGGCAUCACCGACAAAGUCCGAAAACACAUGGAAGGGAUCUGUAAGGAUUACUUAGAGCAACGAAAGGAGGCUUCUGACUUGAAAGACUAUGUUAAGCGACUGAAGCAUGAAAAUGAGGAGUUCGUCGCCAAAUACCAACAAAUAGAGCAAAAACAUCAGAACUUCACAAAAAAAGAAAACAGAUCUGUAGUAAAACAUGAGCAAGGAAUGGAGGUACUUUCACAACUGAAACAACAAAUGGAAGAUGAGAAAACGACAAUUCAGGAGAAAAAUGAACUACAACAAAAUUACACAAAAGAAAUUCACCAAUUGAAACACGACAUCGCAGUCAGGGAGGAAACAAUACUACAGUUGCGGCAGGAGAAUGCGACACUUUCUGAAAGUUACACAACAGAAAUCUGCCAGUUGGAAAAUGACGUUGCACACAGGGAGGAAGCAAUACAGCACGUGAGGCAAGAGAAUGAGACACUUCAGGAAAGAUACGAGACAGAUAUGUUAUCAAAGAAUACGGAUCUCGGAGAGUUGAGGGGAAUUAUAUCAGUCAAAGAUGAGGAAAUCAAACAGUUAAAAAACCGAAAAGACGAGCUGCUUACCAGGCUCAGCAAACAAGCUGAGAUGAGACUAACGGAUGGCAAUCAUGGAAUCACUGAUUUGAGUGACCCAAACCGACCAACAUCUCUGGCGGAAAAAUUCAGCGAACUGUACGACAACGAAUGGACAGAAGCAUUUGAGGAAAUGUUGGAAAAUAAACGGACGGCAACGCCAGUUAUGACAGAACAGAGCGCUAUACGUUUUCUGUUGGAAAUUCUUAGCGUUACAAACGACUACUGCAAAGGACAUGCUGACACUCAUUGGAAAGAUAUCCUGGAUGCAGUGUGUCAGCAAUCAACAGAUCAAUUACCACAGAUUCCACCAAUUUACGCCAAAGAUUUAAGAAAUGUGAGAAAACUGACGGGUAACAUCUCAGCAGAAGGCGUCAUCAAGAGGUUCUUCGAUUCUGAAAUCAUCCAUCUAAAACUACAGCCAGGCGAGAUAGGUGCUAAUCUGGAAAUAUACAUCCGAAAGUGCGUGGAGCUAUGCUGGUUGAUGUCCAUCCAGAGCCCGCCGAUCUUUCUCUUCAAAGAGAUACACCUACACGACCGCUUUGACGAGGACUACUUCAAGUUCUACACACGUGCGGGAACGGUUGUAGAUUUCUUAGUCUGGCCGGCUUUGCUUUGCCGUGAGAACGGGGAGCUACUUCGUAAGGGUGUUUGCCAAGGACUCAAAAAGAAAUAAAAGUAUAUGUUAAAUGUUCAUCCUAAGUAAUAACUUGAAAGUCACCAGUACGAAAAAUAAAUCUAUGAAGAUACAAUAGCAAAACUUUGCAAAUGUAAACAUCAAUGAUGUGUCUGGAAUAUAUUUUCUUCUUCAUUUUAAGAUGAAACUUUAUUUAUUUUGUAUAUACAUUAUGAUUAAGAAAAUGAAUUCAGACGUGCCUUGAUUCUAUUACGUCUCAUUUAAGCAUAAGAUAUAUCUCAACUCGAUGAAAAUUAGGACAUAGUCUUGAUUAACGGCAUUUUAUUGUACUUUUGAUUGAUAUGGUCAAAAAUGUACUCAUACGUUCAUAUUUUCCUAGAAACAUUCAAGAUGGAUGGAAAAAUGAAACAUUAAACUAGGUAUUCUCCAUGACACACUGCAUUUCGAGCAAAAGUCUCCAUUCAUAACAGAGUAUGCAGGCAGGUAUCUGUGCUGAAGAAACAUGGCUACAAUGUAUAUAUUUUUUUUAUUACUGUUUGCAUAGUUUAUAUUCAGCAGUGAUUGUUUUUUCAUCCAUGAAGUUUAUUUUCAAAUAAUCGAUAUUGUUUACUCAUUCAAGCUGUAUUGAAUAACGUGUGAUGACAGUAUGGUCACUUUAAACGUUUGAACGGUUUAGAAACGUGAAAAUCGAAGUAAAUAAAGUUAUUGUAAUUGAUUAAGGUAUAUUCUCAUUUGUAUUAUACAUAAUUUCAGCGACGGCUGCGCGGAUAUGUUGAUAUUAGUUAGAUUAACUGUAUUAGCCAACCAUACUACAAUAUAUUAGGCAAAACAUCAUAAACUAUCAUCGUGUCAAGCGCGUGCGCUAGCAUUUAAAACCUUAACUUGUUUCCGAGAUGACGACUAGUAAAAUUUGGAAAAACGAAAUGGUAACUAAUAUAACAGAAGUGUUAUUUGGGAUUCGGUAUACAGGCUAAGUCUUUUUUACGUCAAAUUCAGGUCAAUUUAAAAUGAGAUUUUUCAGAUCUAAUUGACAUCAAGAAAUUUUGUGUGUGUAUGUAUGCAUGCAAGUAUUAGAUAUUUUAUAUAUAUGCAAGUUUUCAUUUACAUCAUAUACAUCUUAUUCUAAAUGUUUUCCCUCAGGAAUGAAGUGGGUAAAACUCACCUGAACCAUGACAUUUAUUGGUGAAACAAAAUUGAGAAUAUUUCCUGUUAGAACUUGUAGAGAUGGUUUAUCUAUUCGAGUAUUGUUGAGAAAUUAAUUUCUUUUCAUUCUUUCAAGCUAAAGUAAUAGAAUGAAAUUUUAUUAUUCAUUUUUUAACGGGAGUUUAAAUAAAAUUAUUUUUUAUAUAAUCUUGUCAAAAAUUUCUUCGUGAUCCUCCGUGUUAAAAAUGUAUGUUGUCAAGAGCCUAAGUUUUUCUUGACAUUAUAAGACAAUGAAAAAGAAUUCCUUAAUGGUACAACCAUACGUUUUAGUGACGGCUAUCGUGGAUGUUUAAACCAAUUAAGCAUGCGCAAACGUGUUAUCUUUAUUAUUUCAUUAUAUAUGUUAUGAUACUUAGAUUGGUUGCUUAUUAACAUUAACAUUAACAUCUAGACAGAAUGUUGUUGUAAACCGUGUUACAGACAUUUAUAACUGUAUAUAGUAGUUUCACAGGAAUCAUUCAUUACAAAUAUCAUCUCUUUUUUAGAUUUAUUUAGCUAAUUCUAGAGGGUUUUUGAGAGUAGUUAGUGAGAGGGUUUAUAUGACCAUUGUGUAAAUUGUGUAGACGACAGUAUGAAUAAAACAUAUAUCUGCAGUA